AUGGAGGCCUCAGGUGAUGGAUCUGAAGAGCGCAGGCCGGAUCCUACUGCAGAGCCGGUAGCUCCAGGAUUGCAGCUGGACCAGGCUGAGCUGGAUGUGGAGGCCCGAGGUACGGGAGAGCAAUUGAGGAUGGUUGAGGAUGAAGUCCUCGAGCCGCCUUAUGGCGAACCGGAAUCCUUGGAGCCGAACCCGGCAGAUGUAAGCCCUGGACCAGCAGAGGGAGCACAACCGGAAGUGGAUGAAGGGGAACCACGUGGUGAGGAGACCCUUGCAUCCUUGAGACACCCGGAGGCGGUGUCUGCAGCCCCCGUGGAGGAGUCGCCGGAAUCCUGGCGACACUCGGAAUCGAGGCAGUCCGAAGAUUCCUCUAGGCUUCAGCAGUUGACGAGUGUGUUGGAAACCCUGGUUCAGGGGCAGCAAGCCUUGAACAACCGGCUGGAGAGAGUGGAGGAGGUCCGUUCCAGCCACUCGUGGAGAUCUGCGGAGUCUUCACAAGGGCUGGGAUGGGUCGAUCAGACUGCAUUGGAUAGGUGGUAUACGGAGGCAACAGCUCGCGCUGCUGCCUCCGGCCACCGUGAUGCGAGCAUGUACAUAGCGGGCGAUGUACAGAGUUUUCCAAGGGCAAUCUGCGCCAUGGACUUUUCCUCAUCCGCCUCCAUUCCCACCUCUUUCCUCGCCACCUUGUCCACCAUUCAUUGGCCAGACUCCCUGGCCUCAGCAGUGCCACUGCCCGACCGUUCGCUGCACGCAGGUCCUGAGGCGCAGGCUUUGCAAGAUCGUACGUCGCAGCACAGGUCUGAGGCACAGGCAUCGCAGGACCGUACGUCACAGCACAGGUCCGAGGCACAGGCGUUGCAGGAUCGCGCAGCACAGCAGAGGUCUGAAGCACAGGCGUUGCAGGAUCGCGCAUCGCAGCAAAGGUUUGAAGCACAGGCGUUGCAGGAUCGCGCAUUGCAGCAGAGGUCUGAAGCGCAGGGUGUAGGACGUAAGCGAGGGGUUGAGGAGGCCAAGUUGGCCGGAGGAGGAUCGGCAUCGAGUGCGGCUGUGAGCACUGCGACCAAGGCUACCCUCAGCGUUGGAGGCGACAGCUCUGUGACUGAAGAGCUGGUUGGAGCCACGGUGGCGCCGAUUCCUCAGCCCACCUUACCGCCUGGCACCAAGCUUCAGGUCAGGAUUGAUGGCCAUCUGCGUGAUGUUGUGGUGAAUGAGAAUGGAGGGUUGGAGACUGGCCCAGCACAGUAUUACAUUGGUGAUUGGCUGGCAGCUGUGGCGCCGUUGAUGAGGCAACUCUCUUCGAGUGCCCAGACGUGGUGGGCACAGAAUCUGAGGGAGGCUGAAGACCACUAUGAACGGUGGCUCCGUGCGACGCCUCAGCAAAGGUUGCAGGUGAAGGCGUCGGCGAUGGCGAAAAGCUUUGAUGCCGGAAAGUACUGCUUGGUGGAGCAGAGGGGGGUGCAACUCCUUCUGAAAGCAGUCCCCGAUAGCUUUCGGACGGACCUGAUUGCGACGAGGACGCUGGCGGUCAAUGCCAUUGUCUUCACCAUCCUGUGUCGGUGGCAGCCUGGAGGCAAGUUGGAGCGUGCACAGGUAUUAGAUUACCUGGUUCAUCCGGAGGCUUCGAGCUCAGUGGAAGAGACGGUGGAGGGCAUCAGAAAAUGGAGACGUAUGGUGCUGAGAGCGAGCGAGCUCGGGGCAGUCCUUCCGGACUCGAGCCUGCUGCUAAAAGGGCUCGCCAAGGUCGCGGAGCUGGCGGAGUACCUCCUGGCCGAGUACGAGGCCCUCUCCAUCCAAGAAGCUGCCGCUGCAAAGGUGGAGGCGAAGGCAGGGGCCAAGGGAGGGAAAGGACCGAAGGGCACCGGGAAGGGUGGCAAGGCCAGAAAAGGCGAUGGU